AUGGAAGUGAAAUUUGACGACCCGCAUUUGCAACAUUUUCGUUUCCCUAGUAACAUCGCUCGUAUAACAUCAUCAAUCAGGCGGAACGGAUGCUGGUCGAAUUUGAUCAAACUGAACCUAGACAAGACGAUGUUUAUGAGGAACGGACGGGUUUCAGAUGGUUUCAGAUGCCCCAUUCAUGCUAAACGGAACAAACAUAUGCGAAUGCUUCAGCUAUGUAUAUCUAGGUCGAGAAAUCAACAUACUGAAGGUCUCACCUCCGAGCUAGGCAGAAGGAAACGAACGGCUUGGGGAGCGUUCAAGACCAUCGAUGAUGUAGUGGAGAGGGCCGAGAACAUCCGGCUCCAUGCUCACCUAUUCACCACCCCCUAUUCAAAACUCAUAGAAGUAUCACGAGAGUGUAAGAUGCCGCUGUGUCUCACUUUCAUCGAUUUAAAGAAAGCCUCUGAUACAGUUAAGACAGUUGAGACAGAAGGCCUUGGACAACCAAGGCGUCCCUACUCCAUACAUAAAGAUACUUCGUGA